AUGUAUAUGCUCGAAUUAUCGAAGAAAGCCAGUUUCAUCGAGGACAUCUCUGAUCCAUUCGCGUCUAUACCUGAUGCUUUACACAUUCCUCCUGACUUCGACCCUCUCAAUCUGGCAACGGAACUGAGCGAGCAGGGCAUCGACUUUGCAAAGUCAAAACUGGGUGAAGUCACUGCAUCCAUUCCCGAAGCCAAGGAAAAACUCGAAGAAUUCAAAGUGGUGAUCGACGACCUGGUCAAUAGCGCCCAGUCAUUCCACGAAAUAGUUCAAAAGCACUGCGAUGAGAAGGGGUUCAGUAUCGAGGAGAUCGCUGGUUUGGUAGCGAAGGAAGUGGAAAAAAUUCUCGAAGACUUGAAGGCCGAAUUCAAUGAACCCCUCCCAGAAGAUCAAGACGAAUGGUAUCGUGAACUCGACAUCAAAGUUUCAAAUGUUCUAGAUUGGAUCGAGGAUGCCGUGGUCGAAGUCGCGAAGACUUUGGAUAUUUCCGAGUCGGAAUCUCGGGAGGCUUUCAGAGUCAUCAAGCCGCAUAUAAAGAGGUUUAUACUCAUUUCUGCCAAUCUUACUCGACGUCAUCCCAUCCUAACAGCAAUUGUCUUCGGUAUUUCUGCUCAGCUUAUUAUCCAGCCUCUCGCUUCCGCCAUAGUAGCGCCUAUCCUGAAUAUCAUCGGAUUUGGUCCAAAAGGUCCUAUCAAAGGCUCCUUGGCAUCAUUGGUGCAGAAAAAUGUUUUCGGACCUGCAAUCCCCCCUGGAAGCUGGUUUCGCGUCUUUCAGUCACUCGCGAUGAAGCCGUAG